AUGUACUGCCGUCUUUCCGGUAGAGCAUCGUCACUCAUUCUGUUUGUCCUGAACGGACUUUCCAUACUGUUUGGAGUUGCUUUAAUAUCCCUUGGGAUCGUAUGUGUCGUUGACCAUGGAAAUAUGUCUGAAGUUGUUGGAACCUCACUCUAUUCGUCUGGAGUGUACAUAGUCAUCUUCUUAGGACUUGUUAUUACAAUCGUAGCUCUAUGUGGUUACAUCGCAGCUGAUAGAGAAAAUAUCUGCCUGAUUGUGUCAUAUAUAUUCAUUUUAUGCUUACUCGCAUUACUCUUGUUGAUAUCAGGAAUAAUAGUUUUGUCCUUUAGAAGUUCACUUGGUGAAUCGGCUAGGAGUGUGAUGGUAGAUUCGUUAAGGAAUCACUAUGGACGAUAUGGGAUUAUAACUGAUGCUUGGGACUUGGUACAGAGGCACCUACGUUGCUGUGGAGUGGAUAACAUCGGAUGGGGUGUAUAUAACGGAUCGUGGUGGGACAUGAUUGUAAACUCGGAUUUAUACGAAACGAACACUAAAUUGUCAGAAUCAAGUUUGUUUUACUUAUUUGUUCCAGAAUCUUGUUGUGUCAAGAAACUUGAUGGGUUGACUGGUUGGCCAACUGAAGUAUACCGGGAUAGGAGACGCUGCCAGACGUGGCAGUACGGACCACCGAAUAAAAGCAGUGGACCUCACAACGACGCUAUUUACUAUGCAGGAUGCUUUGAAAGUUUGAAAAGUUAUAUAAAUAAUUAUGCUAAGGCUGUGGGCUUCUUGGCACUGAUCGCGUGCAUUAUCUUGAUAAGCGCUUUGAUCUGUGCAUUAUUUUUGUUCCGUGAUGCUAAACUCAAUGCUCAAAGAAAACAAAGACCAAAAAACUGGAGGAAUCAGACACAAUAUAAGUAG